AUGAAUGAAAACAACAACCCAACACAUCGAACAUCAUCAACACCACCACCAAUAGGAAUUGCGACAACCAUUCUAAAAGACGAAGUAGAACCGCCCAGCUUGAAUUCACUGGCUGAAACUAUCAUUGCUGUAGCUGACGGAUUCAGUACCUUGGACAAAGAAAUGAUAAUAAUGAGCGAGGCGAAUGAAUCACUAAAACGGCUGAAUCGAUCCUUUGGCUCGUUUAUGGUUGGUCUAACAGCCCAUAGUUCCGGGUUACGAUACAGUCAUGUACCAGAUUUCUCAGCAUCAAAUAUAACAGCAUCAGAAUCGUCAUCAUCGUCAACAACAGCAGCUGUGUCAUCAAAACCAUCAUCACAUCGAGCAGUACAGCAAGGCAGAGUAGAAAAGAACACGCAAAAAGGACGACAAUUUCCAUCGAGGGUUAAUAUUCGCAAGAUCAUUGAUGGACUUCCGCGGCAGUUUCGUGAACAAAGUGAAUAUACCAAUUAUAUGGAAAAAGUACUCAGGCAACUCAUGAAAGUACCACAAGGAUCCACGCUGGCUGAACUAGCGAAAAACACUCAACUACAACCGCAUAAAGUUACAGAAUGCUUAAAGGAACUUAUACAUAGCAAACACGUUUUUAAACAACCUCAUCGGGGCAAGCUGACCACCUAUCAACUAAAUCCAGAUCGAAAUCCCUCAAAAUAA